AUGUACUUCCUAUAUGGUGCUCCUCUGCUGCACUAUGUUUAUUUUCAGCGAAAUACGGAAGUCGUUCAGAUUUACAUCAAGCGUUGUUCCUUGAACGAUAUACCAAACACGGUACGAAACCUGCCCGGCCUACAGAGGCUGACCAUAACAUUCUGUCAGUUGCGAUACCUGAAAUUGAACAGCUUCAUAGGUGUAACCUCACUGAAAGCGCUCGAUGUCAGCCACAACAAAAUAUUGUUCAUUUCAGAACUGCCCGCUGGCUCGAUGCUGCAUAUUCAUAAUCUGCAUCUUGGAAAUAAUAGUUUAGGGCAUCUAAACGCGAGAGCUUUGGAUCCAUUCUGUGAGCUUAGUUGUUUGGUUUUAGAUAACAAUCACCUGGAGAAAAUUGUAUCACCGUUUUCGCUGCCUAAAUUGAAAGAGCUAUCCUUGAACUACAACCGAUUGUCGUCACUGGACUGCUCUGAUUGGAACAUGCCACAACUGAUCUUCUUUUACUGUGGGAACAACCGCCUAUCCAACGCCCCUAUCGGAUGGCGAAGAUCGCUGUGGCAGAUAAACACGUUGGAUCUUUCCUUUAACCGAUUGCGUACUUUCCGUAUGGAUGACCUAUACCUUACCCAGGUACGAGUGCUCAAUUUGGUUGCCAACGAGCUGCAAAGUGUCACCACUUCUCAGAUGCACCUAAGGAUACCGCUGGAAAGGCUUCGACUUGCUCGUAACCAGCUGACCAUGCUGGACAUUUCGCGCUGGGGUAUGCCCAAAUUGUGGGAGCUAAAUCUCGAAGACAAUCGGCUCACGGAGCUGAGCGAUUUGUUCGUGCGGUUUCCUAGUCUCACAAGCAUGAUGAUCCUGCGCAACAAUAACUGGUCCUGUGAAUGGAUCAAACGUGUGCAUCUGGCCGACCUACGCCAGAAGCAUUACGGAUGCUUAGCGACAAAUCAACAAUGCUACAAUGCAGACUAUUAUGUGGAACAAGGCAUACGAAUUUGCUGCUGGGAUGUAGUGCAAUGA